AUGGGGCCAGGCCAGGGAGAGCAGCUUGGCACCUCCGACACAUCCUCCAGCAGUGCCCCUGGCUCGUCUUCAUCAUUCUGGACACAGGGCCUCCAGAGGCAAGGGCGCAGCCCUGGUCGCCCACGUCCUCGAGGCUCGGCACUGGGCACCCACGCGCCCCACAAGGUCCACUCGGUCCUCGCCCUGGAGGCCUUCAGGUGUCUUAGCUCAGGCCACAUCAGCCGCCUGUGGGAGCAGCUGCAGCAGUUCUGGGCCGACCACUUCUCGCAGCGCUUCUCCCCGCGGCGCCCGCCGCUGCGCCGCAUCUCCUCCAUGUCCACCUUCUACUUGCUAGACCACCGGACGCGCCAGGCCGAGCUGGGCCUCAGCUACGGCGCGCCGCGCACUCGCCUGAGCGAUGAGGCCUUUGUGUUCCGCGGCGGCCAGUGGACCACCGAGGGGCAGCCGCGGCGGUCGCGACCGCUGCUGCCCUCACCCAGCAACUCGGGCUGGAAGACGCAGGUGCAGGGGGUCAACAGCCAAUUGUUGCUGGAGGAGAACAACUACCUGAAGCUGCAGCAGGAGCUGCUCAUGGACAUGCUGACUGAGACCACAGCGCGCAUGCACCUGCUGGAGAAGAAGUUCGAUUCCCAGGCCAGCCCGGCGUCUGGGGCGCGCUCCUGGCAGAGGAAGAUGCGCAAACGCGAAGGCGCGAACGCGCUGCUCUUGCUCCAGCCGCGCGCUCUGGAGUCGCGGUGA